AUGAACAACGCCGGCGUGCUCGGGAGCCAAACCCGGCGGCGAAAGAGCAUCACGGAGCUUGAUGCCGACGAGCUCGACUCGGUUAUGCGGGUGAACGUUCGCGGCGUCGCCCUGGGCAUGAAGCACGCAGCGCGCGCAAUGGUGCCGAGGGGCGCCGGCAGCAUCAUCUCGACCGCCAGCGUCGCCGGCGUAAUGGGCGGCAUGGGGCCGCAUGCCUACACCGCCUCCAAGCACGCCAUCGUCGGCCUCACCAAGAACGCCGCCUGCGAGCUCGGCGCACACGGGAUCCGCGUCAACUGCAUCUCCCCCUUCGGGGUGGCCACCUCCAUGCUGGUUAACGCCUGGAGGCAGGCCGACGAGGACGACGAGGAGGCGGCGGCGGGGAUCUCUACCGAGGAGGAGGUCAAGAAGAUGGAGACGCUGGUGAGCACUAUGGCUAACCUCAAAGGCCCAACCUUGCAAACCCGGGACGUUGCGGAGGCGGCGCUCUACCUAGCCAGCGAUGAUUCCAAGUACGUCAGCGGCCAUAACCUCGUCGUUGAUGGCGGCGUCACCUCCUCUAGGAACUGCAUAGGAUUAUAG